AUCUUGCUUAUGCGUUUUCUUUCCUCCGUUCGCACACUUGUCUAUUUCGGCUUGCCGUAGAAGUCGAUGUGCGACCGUAAGUCAGCAGGGGAGAUGUUCUCCGCACCGUUUGGCUAACAUAGAGCAGAAUGUCAUGGAAUUAAAAUUAAAAGGAUGAUAAACAUGCGCGAAAGAACAAUGUUGUGUUUACCUGACAGAAGUGCGAAUCGCUUCUGAUUGUUUGCAUUCAAUCACUGGAAGGACAAGGCAGAAGCACACGGAGAACCGAAAUCCUCCUGUCCGUUUUGUCCUACACAGAGCGCCGGCGGAGUAUUUGUCUUUGAAAGUGAACUGCGCAAGGCCAUGAUGCUCCAUUAGCCGAACUGAUAUAACGUUAGUACAGCAACUUAGAUGGUAUUCGUACACGGACACACAUUUAAAUCUGCACAGAAACAAGAGCCGUGAAAACAAUGAGGAAGGACGUAAGGAUAUUACUCGUGGGGGAACCCAAAGUUGGGAAGACAUCCCUAAUCAUGUCCUUGGUCAGCGAGGAGUUCCCUGACACGGUUCCUCGUCGUGCUGAAGAAAUCACCAUCCCUGCUGACGUAACACCAGAGAGAGUCCCCACGCACAUUGUAGACUACUCAGAAGCAGAACAAUCCGAUGAACAAUUGUAUCAUGAAAUUUCAAAGGCUAAUGUGAUAUGCAUAGUGUACUCUGUCAACAACAAGAAGUCCAUUGAAAAGGUGACGAGCCACUGGAUCCCGCUCAUAAACGAGAGGACAGACAAGGAUAGCAGGGUGCCUCUAAUCCUGGUCGGCAACAAAUCAGACCUGGUGGAGCACAGCAGCAUGGAGACCAUCCUGCCCAUCAUGAACCAGUACUCUGAGAUCGAGACCUGCGUGGAGUGCUCUGCAAAGAACCUGAAGAACAUCUCUGAGCUGUUCUACUACGCCCAAAAAGCAGUUCUGCACCCCACGGGACCCCUGUAUUGUCCCGAGGAGAAGGAGAUGAAGCCCCCAUGCAUCAAAGCCUUGACCCGCAUCUUCAAAGUGUCCGACCUGGACAACGACGGCGUCCUCAACGACCUCGAGCUCAACUUCUUUCAGAGGACGUGUUUCAACAUCCCGCUGGCGCCUCAGGCGCUGGAGGACGUGAAGAAUGUGGUGAAGAGGAACAUGGCGGACGGUGUCCAUGACAACGGGCUGACGCUCAAGGGGUUCCUCUUCCUGCACACCCUCUUCAUCCAGCGGGGGCGGCAUGAGACCACCUGGACGGUGCUGCGGAGAUUCGGCUACGACGACGACCUGGAGCUCACGCAGGAGUACCUGUUCCCCCCGUUAAAAAUACCCCUGGACUGCACCACCGAGCUCAACCACAACGCUUACCUCUUCCUCCAGAGUGUGUUCGACAAACACGACAAGGACAGAGACUGCGCCCUGUCUCCGGAGGAGCUGAAGGACCUCUUCAGGGUCUUCCCGUACAUGCCCUGGGGCCCCGACGUCAACAACACGGUCUCCACCAAUGAGAAGGGCUGGAUCACCUACCAGGGAUACCUGUCGCAGUGGACGUUAACGACGUACCUGGACGUGCAGCGCUGCCUGGAGUACCUGGGCUACCUGGGCUACUCCAUCAUCUGCGAGCAGGAGUCUCAGGCGGCCGCCAUCACAGUCACUCGGAACAAGCGCAUCGACCUGCAGAAGAAGCAGACGCAGCGCAGCGUGUUCCGCUGCAACAUCUUCGGCGCCCGCGGCAGCGGCAAGAGCGGCUUCCUGCAGGCCUUCCUGGGCCGCAGCCUGCAGAGGCAGAAGACGAUUCGGGAAGCCCACAAAUCGCUCUACGCCAUCAGCACCACCUACGUCUACGGGCAGGAGAAGUACUUACUUCUGCAUGAGGUCGUGCCCGACUUUGACGUCCUCUCGGACAGUGACCUCACCUGUGAUGUCGUCUGCCUGGUGUAUGACAUCAGCAACCCCCACUCCUUUGAGUACUGCGCUAAGGUGUACAAGCAGUACUUCCUGGACAGCAAGACGCCGUGCAUGGUGAUCGGGGCGAAGGCGGACCUGCACGAGGCCAAGCAGCUGCACAGCCCCGGGCCCGCCGAGUUCUGCCAGAAGCACAAGAUGCACCCGCCGCAGCCCUUCAGCUGCAACGCCGCCGACCCGCCCAGCAGGGACAUCUACAUGAAGCUCACCACCAUGGCCAUGUACCCCCACGCCCGGUUGUGCUGUAUGUGCACCUGGAACAGGUGUACCUACUGCAUCUGUCAGAACCUGCUCCUCUCUGAGCUGCUGCAGACUGUAAAGGCCAGGCUGUGUGCUGCUGUUUUAAACAGGUUGCGUCCCCGUGUCGCCGAGCUUGGCGCCCUUCUGCUGGCGGACGCGGAGUCCAGCCUGACCCACCAGGUUCACGCGGUCCGCCGCGUCGAGGAGUCUGCCUACAUGGAGUCUUCCGCGCGCCCCUCUACGCACAGACACGUGACCCAGGGUGACACGAAGAGUUCUGGCUUCUGGCUUCGGGCCAGUGUUGGUGCCACAGUGUUUGCUGUUUUGGGGUUUGCCAUGUACAGAGCACUCCUCAAACCACGAUGAUCCUCCACCCCCCCCCCCCCCCCCAAAAAAAAACAAAAUCAACCUUCAUCCCCAUCAUGACAGAACAAAAAGAACAGGUCAUUUAAAAAAUGUAAUGUUUAUUUAUUAGUCUUGCUGAUGUUUUCUUUUUUUUACCCCUCAUUGAAAUUGAAAUCGAUUUUUGUUGACGACACCCCCCCCCCCCCACCCUUGGUGCUAUAGGUUGAAGGUGCAGCCAGUUCUUUGCCACGGUUGUUUUUAACGGUGUGUUCUCAGCAGUGUAAGCUGUCUUACACGGGCAUAGAGAAAGCAUUUUCUAGCAAGAAGGGACAGAGUGCCAUGUAAAUAGAUGUAUAUAAUGGUAGGAUAUCGUUCUUCUAAUUGCCCCUCGAAACACUGAUAAG